UCCUGGGUCUCGUCUCGAGCCAGCUGCAGCCAUGGUGAGCUACUGCCCCAUCUGCGGGAAACCCGUCUACUUCGGUGAGAAAAAGAGGUCGCUAGGCCGGGAUUAUCACCCCCUGUGUCUGAAGUGCGACAAGUGUAAACGGCAGCUAACGGCUGGCCAACAUGCAGAGCAUGAUGAAAAGCCCUACUGCACGAACUGCUACUUGAGAGAUUUUGGGCCUAGAGGUACCAGAGCACUUGUGCCUCGUAACUGUAGCACUGCUACCUCCUAAGAGCACCCUCAACUCCAGCCAUGUUCCCAGCUGCAGCUGCCAUGUUUAUAUCUGCUAGAUCUCCGACUCCAACUGCUAGAGCUCCAUCUCCAUCUAGUAGUUCUCCAACUCCACUUGGUAGAUCUCCAUCUCCAACCGUUACGUUCCCAUCCUCAUCUGCUGCCUCUUCAACUCUUAGUGAUCAGUCUCCACCUGCACGAUAUCCAUCUCCCUUGGCUACACCUACAACGGUCUCCAUCUCCAACUGCUGGAUCUGCUUCAUCUGCUAGAGCUCCAUCUCCAACUGUUAGAUCUGUAUCUGCAACUGCUAGACCUAGAGCGGAGCUCCAUUUCCAACUAGUUUGAUCUCAGUCCACAUCUGCUAGACCUCAAACUGCUCGAUCGGCAACAACCGGAUCUCGAUCUCCUGUUGUUAGGUCCCCUAGAUCUGCUCGAGCUCCAUGUCCAAUGACUUCACCUACUUCAAAUGUUAGAGCUUUGACCGAUAGAUCCUCAUUGCCAGCUCUUAUCCUCAAUCCUAUCUCUACUGGCUAGCGCUCCAUCUCCAAAUUUUACAAUUCCAGUGACAACUGAAAAAAAUCUAAUCUAAAUUAACGAUUAGAUUUCCAUGUCCGACCAACAAACCCACAUCUACCAGACCUACCUCUCGAACACCGCCAACUCCUGGAUCGCCGAACGAAUCUUCUAGACCUACAUCUUUUCCUUCAACAUACCCAGAGCUCUAUCUGCUACAGCUUCAAUUCCACUGGAUCCACAAGUUCUGCACCUACAGAUCUCCAUCUUCAACCACUAGCUCUACGUUUUCUUCUCUCUCUGUCGUUCUUCUUUGCCCCGCUUCCUCGGAACACCAACUCUGGUAGAAAGAAAGUGGGGCCCAUGAUGAACACCAGGCAACCAGCCUCCUUCUACCCCAAAACCCUUGACUCAUUCGUCCUCCAACCCCCACCCCAAAACAUCAUUUUGUAAACUCUCGCUCCUGCAAUGUUGGACGGUGUUCAAAUGCGGUCACGAGAGAAUACAUGCAACAUUAAACAAAACCGCUUUAAGAGCGUCCGUGCAGCAAAUCCACUUUUUUGGCUCCAGAAGUUCAGUCAGAUGGUUUUAGUUUGGCCCACGGAACCUCAGCGCACAAUUCGUUAAUCGAUUAUUUCAAAACACACUGUGACCUUUCUCUGUGUGUGUGUGUGUGUGUGUGUGUGUGUGUUUGUUUGUGUGGUUUUAUUUUGUUUUUCCAUUAUUAAACAUAAUUAUUUCUAAAAGUGAGUGACUUCACGUGUGAUCUAGAGCGUGAUAUUUUUAAGGGAAACGGUCCGAUGUCAUUUACCCAAUAAUUGACUAACAUGCUAAGAAAGUCGUCUAUAUCCAGCUAGCAAGGCUAAUCAUGAGCUAGCGCUUAAGCUAAUGCUUUAUUAUUAUUUUAUGCUCAUUCUUAAUUCACAGCUACACCUCCUAUGGGUGUUCUACCCUGCUAUAAUGCUGGCUUGCAUAAUGAAUUGGUCUGUUUACUAACAUGCUAGUUUAUCGCUUAGCCAGUUUACCCUCAUGCUAGUUUGUGAGUUAAAAUUAUUAUUAUUAUUAUUAUUAUUAUUACUAUUAUAUAACUAGUACCCGUGUUCUCUGGGAAUACGUUUAUUAUUCGGGUUAUUUCAACGUUCAUCCGUUGGUCAUUUAUUUACACGCUAGCUAGCGUUGUGAUAAAUGCUAGCAUAUUUCUAAAUCUGAAACCGUCGGUAGAAUUUAAUUAGGAAUAAACCACUUCCAUCAUUCGUUUUUUUGGGGUUUUUUUUUUUAUCCGUUUACAGUUACUCUCGAUGUCGCGGAAGGUCCGAUCAAAAUGCGAACUCGACGUGAAUUGGUUUAACUUUAAAACGCGGCGCGAUGUGGAGUUGUACAGUAGAUUAGCUUGUUAACUCGUUCGCUGCUCGUGCCGCUUCAUACAACAGUAUGAAUACGUGAUAAGGAGCCCCGACAGUCGUAAUAUAAUCAUUUCUAUCAGCGAGUGAAUUAGUACACAAUCUGAUAUUUGAUCUCGCAAGAUGGAUCGCCCCGGGAUUUAACGUUAAACAUAUUCUGCGGGUUAAUUUGAUGGGUUUAGCCACAAAGCAAAUGUUGAUAGAUACAGUUAACGAGGUCGUGGUGUAAUAAAAAAGGUACUCUAUAUUCAUAUACACGCACAGAUGUCAAAUAGAAUUUGGCAGUCUGGAGCUCACAACCUCUUACACACUCGUCAGCUGUAGAGGGAAAGUGUGUGUGAGAGAGAGAGAGAGAGAGAAAAUGAGAGCGAGGGAGGGCGAGAGAGAGAGAGUGCUUUGGCAGGAGGGAAUCUUCACAGUGCCAAUCUGGUCUGCUGGAAUGUGUGUGUGUGUGUGUGUGUGUCUUUUCAUGUGAGCUGGCAGCUUAACACUAGCUCUGGCACAUCUCCUGCUGGAGACUUGCUGCUGGUCUCACACACACACACACACACACACACACACACACACACACACACACACACUAGAACAGAAGAGCAUGCCUAUGUUCUUUGAGUAUUUCUGGGCUGUGUAGAUGUGCAUGGUAAAACACACACACACACACACACACACACACACACACACACACACACACACACCCCUUAUUCCAAAGUCAACCUUGCACUGACUUUUAUUCAAGCAUGUAGGGAUUAUUUCAGCGAAGCCUUCGUGCAGUGUGUGUGUGUGUGUGUGUGUGUAUAGGGUUCCCCACCGCAGUGCGUCUCACCCACCCCCACCUUGACAGGUCACAUGGUGUGUGCGUGUGUGAUGCCAGCUGUCUCAUUUGCAUACGCUUUUAACUGCACUACAGAUCUCUCAUUACAGAGAGAGAGAGAGAGCGAGAGAGAGAGAUGGUAGAGAGACGGUAUGGAUGCGUCAGUCACUGAGCAAAAGGCUAAUUUGGCAUCCAAAGAUAAGUAGCUGGCUCACACACACACACACAGAAUAUUAUCUGUUACAGUGAUUUCUAAAAAUAAAUACAGUUGUUUGGAUGAAUAGGAAACAUCUCAGUGUCUAGUAGCAGUAAUAAAAAUAAUAAUAAUAGUAAUAAUAAGCUUUAUUUGUAUAUGUUAUAGAUCUGACAUCUCUUUUGCUGGAGUGAGAGUGUGUGUGUGCAUGUGAGAGAGAGAGAUUUUGACCUCUUAGGUGUCAGACUUGUGCCAUGUGACAUACGCAUAUAUACAUACAUUUGUAUUUCAAUCAGCAUAAGGACACCUUAUUAAUGCAAAUGAACACUUUAAAUAUGCAGCGUAUGCAGAGGCGCCCGGGUCAUAAUCGCGUUUCACACACUCCCGAAUGCAGCAUAUUUCUGAUUCUUACACAAUUCUG